GAAGAAGUGUUUGAUAUGGAUGGGAUACCAAGGGUUGAUGUUCUGAAGAAUCACUUAGUAAAAGAAGGUCGGGUAGAUGAAGAAAUUGCACUUAGAAUUAUCAAUGAGGGUGCUGCCAUCCUUUGGAGAGAGAAAACCAUGAUAGAAGUAGGAGGUCCAAUUACAGUGUGUGGUGACAUCCAUGUCCAAUUUUUUGAUCUGAUGAAACUUUUUGAAGUAGGAGGAUCACCUGCUAAUACACGAUACCAUUUUCUUGGUGAUUAUGUGGACAGAGGUUAUUUUAGUAUAGAGUGUGUCUUAUAUUUAUGGGUCCUGAAGAUUCUGUACCCAACCACAUUAUUUCUUCUAAGAGGCAACCAUGAAUGCAGACACCUAACUGAAUAUUUUACCUUUAAGCAAGAAUGUAAAGUUAAAUAUUCAGAAAGAGUCUAUGAAGCUUGUAUGGAAGCUUUUGAUAGCCCACCUCUUGCUGCACUUUUAAACCAACAGUUUCUUUGUGUUCGUGGUGGACUUUCACCAGAAAUACACACACUGGAUAAUAUUAGGAGAUUACAUAGAUUCAAAGAGCCAACUGCAUUUGGACCAAUGUGUGACUUGUCAUGGUCUGAUCCUUCUGAAGAUUUUGGAAAUGAGAAGUCACAGGAACAUUUUAGUCAAAAUACAGUUCAAGGAUGUUCUUAUUUUUAUAGCUAUCCAGCAGUGUGUGAAUUUUUGCAAAACAAUAAUUUGUUAUCAAUUAUUAGAGCCCAUGAAGCUCAAGAUGCAGGCUAUAGAAUGUACAGAAAAAGUCAAACUACAGGGUUCCCUUCAUUAAUAACAAUUUUUUCGGCACCUAAUUACUUAGAUGUCUACAAUAAUAAAGCUGCUGUAUUAAAAUAUGAAAAUAAUGUGAUGAAUAUUUGACAAUUUAAUUGUUCUCCACAUCCUUACUGGUUAUGCAGUUUUAUGGAUGUCUUUACCUGGUCUUUACCAUUUGUUGGAGAAAAGGUGACAGAAAUGUUGGUAAAUGUUCUGAGUACUUGCUCUGAUGAUGAACUGAUGACUGAAGGUGAAGACCAAUUUGAUGGUUCAACUGCAGCCCUGAAAGAGAUCAUAGGAAACAAAAUUCGAGCAAUUGGCAAGACGGCAAGGGUCUUCUCUGUUCUCAGGGAGGAGAGUGAAAGUGUGCUGACACGCAAGGGCCUGACUCCCACAGGGAUGCUGCCUAAUGGAAUGUUGGCUGGAGGACGGCAGACUCUGCAAAGUGCCACAGUUGAGGCUAUUGAGGCUGAAAAAGCAAUACGAGGAUUCUCUCUGCCACAUAGAAUCUGCAGUUUUGAAGAGGCAAAGGGUUUGGAUAGGAUCAAUGAGAGAAUGCCACCCCAGAAAGAUGCUGUACAGCAAGAUGGUUUCAAUUCUCUGAACACCUCACAUGCCACUGAGAACCACGGGACUGGAAGCCAUAGCGCUCAGUGAUCCACGGCUUCCCAGGGACUCUCACAUCUCGGGCCCAAAAUGGACAGAUCACCCAAGGAGCUGGAGGGGUCGGCCACGCUGACUGUCAGUGUCACAGUCCCUCUGGAGAAAUCAACCAUUGUGCGUUUGAAACCCCAGCCCCUUCCUGGAUGGAGGCUUGAGGGCCCUGGAACACGUUGUGCUAAUUAAUACGUUUGGGUCAUUGCUGCCGAGGUGGGGAGCAGUG